AUGACAAGCUCUACCACCACUCCCAAAACCAUAAUCACCCCGCCACUCCCAAAGCCCUACUCCUCCUUCCAGUUGCCCUCAAAAUUCUGCAACCGUGUCACCACCCCUUCUUCCACCUCCUGCACCCUCAUCCGAGACUCGACGAGUGUUUGCAUGGCGGGCUUGCCCCGACCCGAUUCAUUUGGACGGUUUGGGAAGUAUGGCGGGAAGUACGUCCCAGAAACGCUAAUGCACGCGCUGACAGAACUAGAGACUGCGUUUUACGCUCUAGCUCAUGACGGAGAAUUUGAGAAAGAGUUGAAUGGGAUUUUGAGAGACUAUGUUGGUAGGGAGACUCCUCUCUAUUUUGCAGAGAGGCUGACUGAACACUACAGACGUCCAAAUGGUGAAGGCCCUCACAUUUACCUAAAGAGGGAAGAUCUUAACCAUACCGGGGCACACAAGAUCAACAAUGCUGUUGGCCAAGCUUUGCUCGCUAAGCGGUUGGGCAAGAAACGCAUUAUUGCUGAAACUGGGGCAGGUCAACAUGGAGUUGCCACUGCAACUAUUUGUGCUCGGUUUGGGUUGCAAUGCAUUAUUUACAUGGGUGCCCAAGAUAUGGAAAGGCAAGCCCCCAACGUUUUCCGAAUGCGGCUUCUUGGCGCUAAAGUAAAGGCUGUUCAUUCUGGAACAGCAACACUAAAGGAUGCUACUUCAGAAGCUAUAAGGGACUGGGUAACUAAUGUCGAGACAACUCAUUAUAUUUUGGGAUCUGUUGCUGGCCCUCAUCCAUACCCUAUGAUGGUUCGCGAUUUCCACAAGGUGAUCGGUAAAGAAACAAGAAAACAGGCACUCGAAAAAUGGGGUGGAAAGCCAGAUGUGCUAGUUGCUUGUGUAGGUGGAGGAUCAAAUGCUAUGGGACUCUUCCAUGAGUUCGUUGAAGACAAAGAUAUUCGAUUGAUAGGAGUAGAAGCUGCAGGGUUUGGAUUGGAUAGUGGCAAGCAUGCUGCAACUUUGACAAAAGGUGAUGUUGGGGUUCUGCACGGAGCUAUGAGCUACUUGUUACAGGAUGAAGAUGGCCAAAUUAUUGAGCCUCAUUCUAUAAGUGCAGGCUUAGAUUAUCCUGGGGUUGGACCGGAGCACAGUUUUCUGAAAGACUUGGGGCGUGCUGAGUACUACAGCGUUACUGACGAUGAAGCAUUGGAAGCUAUUAAAAAAUUGUCACAACUUGAGGGAAUAAUUCCAGCUUUGGAGACCUCUCAUGCACUAGCCUACUUAGAAAAGUUGUGUCCUACUCUUCCUAAUGGGGCAAAGGUCGUCCUUAACUGCAGUGGCAGAGGGGAUAAGGAUGUUCAUACUGCCAUCAAGCACUUGCAGGUGUGA